UGUGAUAUUUUGGCGGGUACAGGCGGAGCAAAGUGCUGUUGGAUUUUCUGACUAAAACCAGAAUUGAAAAGGAAUAACACAGUAAUGUACAUCUGUACAUUGUUUGCCAAUCGCCAAUGAACUGCAGAAGAAGAAGAACCAGAACGGAGGAGCAGACUCAAGACCAGAACCUGACCAACAGGAACAAAGGAGACUCGUCCUCUGAUACCACCGGUCAACAGAAACAUGGAGGCCAAAGGAGACUUAAACGUCACAGUGGUCAAGGCUGUAAGAAAGUCUUCAUUGGUGCAUCACAACCAAAGAGAUGUAGGAAGACUCACGCUGGAGAGAAACCAUACACCUGUGAUCAGUGUGGAGCAGCUUUCAGUAAUGCAAGUCAUUUAAAACGUCACCAACGUAGUCACACUGGAGAGAAACCGUAUAGGUGUGAUCAGUGUGGAGCGGCUUUCACUCAGUCUAGUGCUUUAACAGUACACCGCCGUAUUCACACUGGAGAAAAACAUUAUACGUGUGAUCAGUGUGGAGCAGCUUUCAGUAAUGCAAGUCAUUUAAAACGUCACCAACGUAGUCACACUGGAGAGAAACCUUAUAGGUGUGACCAGUGUGGAGCAGCUUUCACAGAAUCUAGUGAUUUAAAAAAACACCAACGUAUUCACACUGGAGAGAAACCGUAUAGGUGUGAUCAGUGUGGAGCAGCUUUCACUCAGUCUAGUGCUUUAACAGUACACCACCGUAUUCACACUGGAGAGAAACCGUAUAGGUGUGAUCAGUGUGGAGCAGGUUUCACUCAGUCUAAUGCUUUAACAGUACACCGCCAUAUGCACACUGGAGAGAAACCGUAUAGGUGUGAUCAGUGUGGAACAGCUUUCACUCAGUCUAGUGCUUUAACAGUACACCACCGUAUGCACACUGGAGAGAAACCGUAUAGGUGUGAUCAGUGUGGAGCAGGUUUCACUCAGUCUAAUGCUUUAACAGUACACCGCCGUAUGCACACUGGAGAGAAACCUUAUAGGUGUGAUCAGUGUGGAACAGCUUUCACUCAGUCUAGUGCUUUAACAGUACACCACCGUAUGCACACUGAAGAGAAACUGUAUAGGUGUGAUCAGUGUGGAGCAGCUUUCACUCGAUCUGGGGAUUUAAAAAUACACCACCGUAUUCACACUGGAGAGAAACCGUAUAGGUGUGAUCAGUGUGGAGCAGCUUUCAGUCAGUCAAGUCAUUUAAAACGUCACCAACGUAUUCACACUUAAGAGAUACCACACAUGUCCCAGCAAACCACUGAUUUUCUGUCAGC